AUGAAAGCUAGAAACCAAACAAGUACUUCAGAAUUUUUACUUGUGGGGCUUUCCCAGGACCCAGAGCAUCAACCCAUGCUAUUUGGACUGUUUCUGCUCAUGUUUGUGACUGCUGUGCUUGGGAACCUGCUCAUCCUUGUGGCUGUCAGCUUUGAUGCCCACCUCCACACUCCCAUGUACUUCUUUCUUUCCAAUCUGUCCUUUUCUGACAUUUGUUUCAUCUCUACAACUAUCCCUAAGAUGUUGGUGAACGUCCAAACACAGAGCAAGUCCAUUACCUAUGCAGAGUGCAUCACCCAGAUGUUUUUUUUCAUGGUCUUUGGAGGCAUGGACACAUUUCUCCUCACUGUGAUGGCCUAUGACCGAUUUGUGGCCAUCUGUCACCCCCUUCAGUAUCCUGUCAUCAUGAACUCCCAACUGUGUGGCCUGUUGGUUCUUGUGUCCUGGUUCAUCAGCUUCUCAUACUCUCUGAUCCAGAGUUUGUUGAUGCUGCGGCUGUCCUUCUGCACCAAUCAGAUAAUCAAACACUUUUACUGUGAACUUGCUCAAGUCCUCACUAUAGCCUGCUCAGACACACUGCUCAAUCAUAUCUUUCUUUAUAUGGUGACUUGUAUUCUUGGCUUUAUUCCUUUCUCAGGAAUCCUUUAUUCCUACUCCCAAAUUGCCUCCUCUAUUCUGAGAAUCCCAUCAACAUUUGGAAAAUAUAAAGCAUUUUCUACCUGUGGGUCUCACCUAUCAGUGCUUUGUUUAUUCUAUGGGACAGGCCUUGGUGUGUACCUUAGUUCUGAUGCAACUUCCUCUUCCUGGAAGAGCAUGGUGGCCUCAGUAAUGUAUACAGUGGUCACUCCCAUGCUGAACCCUUUCAUCUACAGCUUGAGGAACAAAGACAUUAAGAAGGCCUUACAAACACUUGGGAGAAUACUUUUUUUAAAUGAUAAGAUCACUGGUUUUAGGUUUCUGCGCUGA